CGAUAGCUUCACUCUGGAGGAGGCAAGUAAAGAGGGAGGGCUGGCACAGCGUGGCACCGAAGGGACCCCCCUAACCCCCUUGUAUUUACCAAUAACAGGCGUCUGUUCCCAGCACUGCAUCGUCCUUUUUACGCGGACCAUAUUUGAAAAACAAAGAUUUCCCUCUACCUCGACGAAAUAAAUGCCAAGAGAAACGACCCAAGCGACAACAGAUAAGGACUGCUGCUCGGAGGUGGAGGGAAAAACGAUUGGUUGGACAAACACGUAGAGGGGAAAAAAAAAAACAACAAACGCGCGGGUACCGUCGCCGUUGCCUUUUCUCAAUGCAUACCCUUUGUGCCCGAGGAACCAUGAAACCAGAGAUCAACGCCGCCGUCGUAUUUCUGACGAGAUUUCUGAGGGUAAAAGGACACGUAAACGAUCGACAGGUCCAAACAUUCAGCCAAAGCUUACAGGACAUUUUGGCAGAGCAAUACAAGCACCACUGGUUCCCAGACAGACCCUGCAAGGGCUCAGGUUACCGCUGCAUCCGCAUCAACCACAAGAUGGACCCCCUGGUGGGGCAGGCGGGCCAGCGCAUCGGCCUGACCAUCCAGCAACUCUACCUGCUGCUUCCCAGCGAGCUCACGCUGUGGGUCGACCCUUUCGAGGUGUCCUACCGCAUUGGCGAGGACGGCUCCAUCUGCGUCCUGUACGAGUCGCAGCCCUGCCCCCCAGGGAUGCCGAUGACGGCCGCCGCCAGCUCCCCCUCAGGACCCAACGGGACGAUGGACAGUCACAUCAGCUGCAAGGACGAACUGAUGGUGCUGGGCAGAACAAGUCCCUCCAAAGCCUACAAUAUGAUGACUGUGUCCAGUUAAAGAGGCGCGUCGUCACAGCCGGCCUACUUUUUCUGUUCAGGGUCACGCCGUGGCUGGUCAGACCACGUGACCAGACCGGGGCGAGCCUUUUUAAAGCUAAGAAUAUGAAAUGAAAUAGUGAAAGAAGAAAAAGGAAAAAAAAAAAAAGAGGAUGUGGCCUAUCGUCCAGGUGAUGGAAACCUUGUAGGUUUGAUCUUUUUAACCCCCUCCCCCUUUAUUAUCAUUUGUUCUGUUGUCAUUGGAUCAUCUGGGCACUCCGGCUUUGUGGAAAUGGAAUUGUUGGGGCAGCUAAACCAACCAGGAUUCCCCAGGGGUACUGGUUCCAUCUACAACCCCCCAUCCCCACCCCCUCAUAACCCUCGCCCCUCAACUGUAAACAGCAUGGUGAUCGGCUCCAUCUCUGAGGGGGGCUAUCAUUGACUUUGCACUUUUCUUACUCGUGGUGACUAUAGGUACAUGUUCCACACACUAACCCAAAAACACCAAAACCUCAAUUUGGACAGAUUUUUUUUCAACAGGAAGUACCCUUUGAAUUUUCACAAGUCCUGUGGUUUAAAUAAUUUGUUUUGUUUCCUGGGAAGGUGGGGAGUCGAAGUUUAGUCUGAGCCUUUUUACAAUCCAUACUCAAGGUAAAGAAACAACCAAUAAGAGCAUCUCUAUUUUCUAUAAACCCCCUUUUUGGACCACAGGGAACUCUGUUUCUUUAUCUUGCAGCAGGAAAAGGGCUUUCAGAUCUGACUUCUCCCCUCCCCAGUUUAACAUCAACUCUGAGCAAUCAGAUAAAUCUCAACUGUCUCUUGGCCUGUAAGUAAGUGGAAUGUGUCGUGACACCUGUUACCUAUGGAUACCAGCGUGUCCUGUUGCACUGUUGCCCUCCCAUCACCCAUGUAUGUGUAGCUUUUCCAGGGGAGGGCAAGGGGACCCGUCUCCACCCCCCCUCCCCUUAAUUCAUGAAUGUUGUUGAUGUUCACAAUCAGGUUCUUGUGUUGUCGCUAACUGCGCCUUCUUUUCCUCCCACCACUUUGUCGGCUCCCGCAUCACCAAAAUUCAAAGUGUAGCAAAAAGGGGGGGGCCUAUUUAACCCAAAUUUUUGUGGUCAUGUGGCCCUGUUAGAAUUGACAUUGAAUGCACUUUGACGUUAGAUUGUGUGGGAUGUGUACUUCUUAGAGAAAAUCGCCUGCAUUCCAUCCACUCGAAUGUCAUCUUUUCACACCGUUUUUAUUGCCCUCCUCAUUUUUUUUUUUAGCCGUUAUGUUCAUACCGUAGCUCCCAUGUUGGGAUCUAUUGAAUCUGUCUUUUUAAAAAAUCCAGCGUGUCCAACUCUGGAUUUCAAAACCCUCUUUUUACACUGUAUUUGAACAUUUCAGAGCUGUUGAUUUGUAGGUGGAGAGUAAUUUUUGGUGGUUUGUUAAGAAACAUUCUGUCAUCCGUUCACAUGGCACUGUUUUCGCUCUGGCACGAUGCAGAGCUAAGCUGUUUUCCCCCCUCCACCCCAGACGUACACACACACACACACAGAUGGUGAUUUGUGUUGCUGUUAGAGAGAGGAGUUAGUCAGAAAGGUCUGGACUAAGUGAUGACUGUGUGAGACUUUGGCCAAAGGGAGGUUUGAAGCACAGACUGUUGAGAAAUUAACUUGAAUUUAAAAACAACCCCAGGCCUUGCCGGCCUUCUAUUUCAUUCACAUUAGCUCUACUUAGGGUCUUUUUAAAGGGAGAGACUUGUCCUAAUGUGUGCAUUGGAGGUGCAUUGCCUUACGAAGACCUCAUUGUCAUGAAUUUUGAGUCAUUCGUGAUUUUUAAAGUUUUAUCAGGCUCCUGUAAGCCAGCCUGGUUCGAAGUGCUGCCCGGACCCUCGCUACCAGAGGAGUCUCCUAUCCAGUCUGGCAGCUUUAACACCCUCCACCUCCCUCACCCGUUUCUCGGGUGGGGGUUUGAGUGCCUCAAGUGCCACAUAUCACCCCUCAGCUCAGACCUCCUGUUCAGCCAAGCCAGCACGCUGCUAGCAGACCCCCUGUGGAUGCAGGUAGACUUAAUGUGACACAUAUCAUCGUCCAUCAGCGGGGGGGGGAGGGGAGCUGGGUAAGGAAGGCAGGGAGAUGGGGGAGAUGUGGUUUGAGAGAAUCGGGGGGGCAAGGGCCGGACUCUUAAUGUCCAGGGCAGCUAAAAUCCCUCCAGCCCCUCCGAUCUCUGGACCUAGUCAACACCCCUAUCCCGACCAGAAGCCCUCGACCCUUUCCCUCAGCGGUGGAUACAAAAACCAGCACACGCUCAUGGCGUGCUCGAGCUACACUGGGGGGGAACUAGUUUGAAAAGACAAGUUUGAGGGUACCAGGCUGUUGUUGUUUUUUGUUUUUGUUUUCAUCUCACUGGAUUGCAACUUUGUUUACAUGCAUAUGAAAGGAUUUGAUGGCUGUCUGACGUACCCCCACUUCACUCCCAGUUCUGGGUCCAAAGGGGUUAACAGGAAGCCGGAACAGAUGCUCGGCCGGCUUCGGGUGUUGUUCGGGCCUUAGCCUGCUGUCACGGCAGGCUGGUUCUCCGCUCAUCACCAGACCUAUGGGUGUUUAAGCUCCCCUAAGCCUGAGAGGAUCAUGGGUAAUAGAGCUAUAGCCUUUGACGCACUGCAACCCCCCCCCUGCCCCAUAACCCCCUUCCCAUGCUCUCUGCUGAUACUCCCUUCAGCAAUCUGUGAAAAGCAUUGAUUCCACGUCUGAAAAAUGGAGAGUAGCGCGCCCACAACCUUUAUUUUCAUUCUCGAGUUUUGUCAAAUCACAUUAACGUUUUUUCCGUCAAGUGACAAUGUUUUUGAGAUUGGUCUAUAUUUCGGGUGCGAGAUAAUCGUCUCGUCUCACUUUUUUCUCAGUGUAUUUUUAUGGUCACAGUGGUAGAUUUCCCUCAUCUUUCCACCCUGCCAUCCCCGUUUUCUCCCCUUCGUCCUCUUUUUAAGAGAAGCCCUAGUUAGUCUGGUGAUCUAACCCACUUUUUUAACAGACCUCGAUUUUAGAGCUACAAAAAUGAAAACCCAAAACCGCCCUUCGUCACCCUCUCAACUCCACUUUUGCCACCCGAAAUGGUUUAUUCCUCGGUAAUAUUGAUGAUCUAAAUGGCAUCCAUUCAGCUUGUGCGCACAUAGAUUACAGAAUCGUUGUGAGAGUGCUUUGGGAAGUCAAGAGGUAAAUAGCACAUAAAAUGCACUAAAUAUGUCAAGUUGAAGACGUGUGAUAUUCUUUUUUUCGAGACGCGAGGAGUCUCUCCUGGAAUGUAUUGCCAAACUCAGGCCUCGGACAUUCAAUAAAUACCCUUGUGGAAAAAAAGUUGUGCAUGUUAAGACAUGAAACAGGAAGGGAACAGCAGUUUUGUUGUUGUUGUUGUCGUCAAAAAAUUGUCAUUGAUUAGUUGAAUUAUUGCCACUUUCACAUUUGAGGUGUUUUACAUAUUGUAGAAUGUAUUGUAACUGUACAACAAAUGGUAGAGUACAUAACAUUACACAUGGGAAGUGCCAAUAAUUGCUAUCCUGAGGUGUUUUUAGAUGUAUUCCUUUUUUUGUAUUUCAUCUUUUAACAUGGAUAACGCUUUUUUCGUAAGUGAAGCCAUUUUGUGAUGGGAGUGUUGGCAAGGACCAAAGUUGUUUUGGUAAAAAAAUAUUAGUUUCCAUGAUCUGUAAGUGUAGACGUAUCCUUUUGUUCUUUUUUUUUUUUUCUUUUUUCUUUUCAUAUUUUUUUUUUUUUCCUUUAUUUUCUAUUUACCUACAAAACCAGAAAAUAGACAAAAAAAUCUGAGCUUACCCAAGAAGAAAAGCUGUCUAUCUUGUGAUCUCAUGUCAGUACAUCUUUAUCGUGUUCAGUUUCUUUUCCUUGGGUAUGUUGUGAUGAACUGCUGUAAAUUUGUACAGUUCAUGUAAAUUGAUUGUGCGGAAGUUGUACAGAUUUCUAUAUUUUGGAAGAAAAGUUUUUUUUCUCUGUAAUAAAAGAUUUCCUAUCUUGGCAUCAUA